AUGGGAGCUCCAAACAAGACAAUGGUGACUGAAUUCAUCUUGAUUGGGUUAUCUGAACACCCCCGAGCACAGGCUGUGUUCUUUUGGUUCCUCUUGAUGGUAUACCUCACAAGCUUGCUUGGGAAUGGCCUCAUCAUCAUACUAAUUAUUGCAGACUCCCAUCUUCAUUCUCCCAUGUAUUUCUUCCUUUGCAUCCUCUCCUCAGUAGAUCUCAUCCUCUCCAACAACGCACUUCCUGAGAUCCUGGUCAACUGCUUCUUCUACAAGCCCACCGUCUCCUUCUACAGAUGUUUGGUUCAGAUGUACGUUGGUCUAUUACUCAUUGUAACAGAGUGUGUUCUUCUAGCCAUCAUGGCGUAUGACCGAUUUGCAGCUAUAUGCCAGCCACUCCACUAUAUGCAGAUCAUGAGCUGGAGAUUUUGUAUCAGUUUAGUGGUUGCAUCUAUGGGCUUUUCCGUAGUGACUACUUUGAUCAACGUACUAUUGCAGCCAACUGACUUCUGUGGACGGAAUAUCAUUAACCAUUUUGCAUGUGAGCUACAGUCAUUCCUCAAACUGGCCUGCUCUGACACACAUACUAGUGAGCUCUUCAUGCAUGUUUCCAGCCUCUUUAUCCUAAUUCCACCCUUUGUCUUCAUUGUUGUAACAUAUGGGCGCAUAGGCUUAGCUGUUCUGCGCAUUCGCUCUACACAGGGUCGCAAGAAAGCCUUCUCCACCUGUAGUUCUCACCUCACUGUGGUCAGUGUCUUUUAUGGUACAAUUAUGAUCAUGUACUUGAAGCCCCAAGCAAAAUCUUCUUCAGAUCAAGAUAAGAUCAUAUCUUUAAUGUACGGUGUCUUAACUCCCAUGCUCAAUCCCCUGAUCUACAGCUUGAGAAACAAGGAUGUCAAGGGAGCUUUCUGGAGAGUGUUUGGAAGGAAAAUGCCAGAAUAA